AGGGGAACUUGAAAUGUCUUAUAAAGGGUAUUGAGGUCUGUGUGGCACAGUUGCUUCUACCACCCCGGCUGCUACCAUGACAUCGCUGCUUCUCCUGGACCUCCUGCUCCUCUGGAGCAUCUGCCUGAGCACCUGCUCUGCAGGUCCAGGGGAUCUUCCAUCUCUCUCUCCUCAGCAUGUGAGGUUCAACUCACUGGACUACAAAAAUGUCCUUAAGUGGGAUCCACCAGCUGGCUCCAGCAGUGACCUGCACUACCAUGUCCAGUGGAAGAUAGGAGAUGUUAGGUCAAUUGUAAUCCAAAGGUGCACAUACUUAUCUCCUCCUCUGUGCUCAAGCUAUGGGGAGAAGCAGUGGAGGGAUGUGGACGGGUGCCAGAGUAUCGGCAGGCUGACUUGUGACCUCAGCCAGGUGACCUCUGAACCCAGAGAGUGGUACUACGCCCAGGUCUCUGUCUCCAAGCCCGGUAGCCAAUCAGCGUGGGUCCUCUCCCCGAGGUUCAACCCCAGCUGGGAGACAUCUGUCAGCUCACCCAUCUUGAGACUGAGCGUAAAAGAGCAAGGCAUUGUGGUUCGGCUACGCCCUCCUCGCUCGCCCCUCAGAAGAGCCAACGGAAAGAGGAUAAGCAUGGCCAGGCUUCAGAGACUGACCUACAAAGUCUACCUCAUACCCCCCAAUGGAAAGGAGGAGGUGUUUGAGGUGGAGGGAUGCUCCAAGCAGCUGAUGAUCCCAAACUUGAGUCCCAGGACCAGGUACUGCCUCCAGGCCCAGAGCAUCCAGCCCCUACUGAGACAGAGUAGUCCCCGGGGCAACGCCCACUGUGUCUCCACACAUUGACCAUGGGAAGACACUCCUCUAGGGACGGAAGGAGCUCUGGUUCUCAAACAAGAAAAGCCACCAGAUAUUCUCAUGACUGAAGGCACUCAUCCGGAAGGAUUUUUU